AUGGCUCCCGCGUUCAGAGCGACGGGAGGAUCGGCAAACGUCUCACAGGAACCUCGCAAGGCAGGAGUUAAGGCUAAUGCGUCCGAAAAGCCGGCAACUGCUGUAGCCACUGCGGCUAUUAACGACGCAUGUCCUUCGCGGGUAAACUCCGAGCUGGCCGCGUGUGACGUGGCUGCGAGAAUGACGGCGGAUGCUGACGUGGCAGCUGAGCUGGAUGGGAACGGACACAACCACGAGCACCCGCGAUGUUCGCCAGUGCUUCGUCGCAAACCUAUUGACGUGCCUGCGAAGAUGGUUCGCCAGCUCUUCGCGACGAGCAAGAAUAAAUACACGGGAUUGGACGAAGUGAAAGAGGACGGCGUGAGGGACUCGUGGACCGAGUCCUUGGAGCCUGAAUCGCAGUUUUCUGAUAUGAAUGAGCUUAUGUCGAGCGGCCUUGAUGGAAUUACGUUCGAUUCGUCGAUCGCAGAGUCUGCUGGACAAGGGGAUGACUUGUCUGACGUGAAAGGGGGAGAGAAGGGCGAAGAGGACAAGGGAGGGGAAGAGGAGGGAUUGGAAGAGUUUGAAGAGGAAAUAGAAUUGGAGAUUGAGGAAGAGGAGGUGGAGGUGGAGGAAGAGGAGGAGGUAGGAGAGAAAGCCGAAGGCAAGGAGCAAGAAGAAAGCGACAGUGAUGAGGACGAGGAUGAGAGUGAGGAUGAGGAUGAGGAUGAAGGGGAGGAGGAGGAGGGAGAUGGGGAGGAGAGUGGAAAUGAGGGUGAGGAGGAAGAGGAUUUGGAGGAGGAAGAAGAGCAAAUGGAGGAUGGGUAUUCGAUUGUUCUGAAGGUUGGUCAGGUCAUGUUGCCGUGCAAGGUGAGGUAUGACAAUGAGGAGAUUGUUCAGAUCGUUGAAGCAGUGGACGAUUCGGAGAUCGUGGAGGUGGUUGAUGACGUGGCAGAUAACGGUGACUUGGCAGUCAAUGACGUGGAUGAGCACCAGGACUGCCACGGGCACGUGCGAACCUGUACGUCUCUUCCUGCGGCCAGUGACAGCCCGCCACGUGUCCUUUCCCUGUCCAUGGAGAAUUCCUCCCCUCCCGCUCCUUCCUCACCCACCUCUCCUCUCCACUAUCCGCCCAUCUCCUCUUCCCCGCCCCCCACUGAGUCCCUAGAGCAAAUGCUCACUUCCCCCACCAUCCCCACUGCUCCGUUCCCGCCUCCUCCUAAGAGCAUCCUCAAGCUCUCGUUUGUGGAACGCUGCAGUAACGCAACCUCCUCUUGCAAGGUCACGAGUGGCAAUGUCAUGGAAACCGUGGGCCAGAAGCGGCAGAGGGACGGGAGCGAGAGUGGCAGUGCGUGUGGUGGGCGGAAGGAGGGGCAGGGAGGAGUGGUGGGAGCAGGGGCGUGCGCAGAGGCGAGGGGGGUGCGGCCGACAGCACGGGAGCGAGUGGAGAGGCAGAUGGAGGUGGCAGAGGCAGCAGUGAGAAUGCUCGUGGAGCGAUGCAAGGGUGAGAAUCGCGAUGAUGCUUCACAUGGUCACGGAGUGUCUCCUGUGCCGACCUCAUUGGCUAACGAUGUCCUGCACCAAAUGGAGCAGCUGCGCCAUGCAGUCUUGGACAUAACCAAGCCGCGCAAGCGCCUUCGAUUUGCCGAUGAGCUUGGGAAGGAGCUCAACCAUAUCCGUUUCAUUCAACCCAGAAGGUGA